AAGCCUAAGUCUCUCUUCCUUCUUAUCUUCCUUAUCUUUCCAAUCUAAGGAAAGGGUGGAGGGAGGGUAAGGGGGUAACAGGGAGCAUCUGCCAUAGUUUAUUGUCGCCUUGUUUAAACCUUGACAAUCACACAGAUCAAAGCUCAGAUAUCGCCAGGAUGGUAGAAAGGCUGGAACGUGUGGGGAGACUCACUCAUCAAGGGAUAACGUAAGAACAUCAGACACUGGAAAGACCAGAAAUGAGAAGACCAAAUCCACUAAGGCUGGAAACGGUCACAUGAAUAUACUCUAAUUCAAGGAGUUAUUCACCUCCAGGAUGGUCCAGGUGAUGGUUCAAUAUACCUUUGAGUUCACAAACUUGCUCUUGCUUGUCCUGUUGUCCAGGCAGCAGCCGGUGAGGACGGCCCUGGCCAUGUCAAGUGACAUCUAUGUACACAUGUAUACAUGCCCAUGCUAUGUACGUGUAUACAACCUUCAAUCUAAUAUAUGUCAUAUUCAUAAUAUAGCGUGCACGGUGUAGGUAUUUGGACAACAUAAGCAACACAGUAUUUUGUAAUAUUUAAUAAAUACAUCAGCUUAAAAUGCCACUUUUUAUUCUGCAUGUUGGCAGCACUAUUAGGUUAUUAAGGCUGUAAAGACACUAAAAAUCUACUGAAUUUCUCUGUACUUUUUUUUAAAUUAUCACACAGCCAAUGAAGACAGCCCAAAGGCAGCUGGAUUUUGGUUCGGUAACUCUGGUUUUGGGGAACACGGUGCUGCUGUGGGUGUCCUUCUGGGGCCUUACAGUGCAGGCUGGGGGAAGAGAAAAGAAAAUCCAGCUCCUUGGUUUAUUUUUUCCCCCAAGAAUAUCCAAGAGUCAGCUAAGGACAAAACCCUUCCAACAAGGAGCAAAUACAGGCAACAGUUCCAAACCCACCCCAGCGUAACGCCCUGCAUCCACUCCUUGUGUAACACCCUCUGGCUUUAAGUGUCUUACACAAGCCUUUACUCACUCUGUGCUGAGCUGUGCCUAAGCCAGGAUUGACGGAGAAUCCUAUUUAGGAAAACACCCUUGAUGAAGAGAGCACGGAGCAAAGAGGAAAAUUUGCGGGGAUGCUUCCAAGUGUGACGAGCAUAGUAACACAGGGACCAUCGCGGGGAGGGCUCCCGUAGCGCUUCCCAUCGCUUGGGAUAAAAGAGGAGCCUUAAUUCGGUCCCAAGCAUCUGAGCUGGCUGCGGUCGAGGAUUACAAGAGCUGUUUUGAUCAGGGGAAAAUUCUGUUUUUAGCACAGGUGGCAAUUAAAAUAGCUCGUGAAUCUAAACACCUCGGGGAGCUGCCACAAAAGGAGGCAGAAAACCCAUCUUCUGGUCUCCUCUGCAGCCAGGGAUGAGCCUGGAGAAAGCCCAGGAGACGAGAGCUUGAGGUUCACCUGGUGAAAAAGGACAACCCGAGGCAUCGAGCUGGAGACACCGGUUUGAUCUGGAGAUGGCUGGGGAGGAGCUGCGGGGCUCUGGCACCCCGUUCUCGCUCUCCUUUUCGGGCAGCGGCUUCUUGGCGCUGUACCAGGUCGGGGUGGUGCAGUCCCUCCUGGAGCUGGCUCCCAAACUGCUCCAGUCGGCCGGGAAGGUCUACGGCUCGUCCGCCGGCUCCCUUAUCGCUGCCGCCGUGGUGUGCGGCAUCAGCCUCGAUGACCUGAAGGAAUUUUUCUUCUCCACGGUAAAAGAAGUCAGGAACACCAUCCUGGGCCCUUUCUCUCCCAAGUGCAGCUUGCUGGCCAAUAUCAAGGCGGUUUUGCAGCGGAUGCUCCCAGAGGACUCGUACCAGCUGGCGUCGGGGCGGCUGCACAUCUCGCUCACGCGCGUGGUGGACGGACAGAACGUCAUGGCCUCCGAGUUCAGCUCCAAGGAGGAGCUCAUUCAGGCUCUCCUCUGCAGCUGCUUUCUUCCUGUCUACUGUGGAUUCAUCCCCCCGUCCUACCGAGGUGUGCGAUACGUGGACGGAGGAUUCACCGGCCUGCAGCCCGUCUCCAGCCUGGAGGAAGCCGUGAUCACCGUGUCCCCGUUCACAGGAGAGCUCGAUAUCUGCCCGCGGGACUGUCCCGCCACCUUCUUCUGCUUCCAGAUCUUCAACGGCAGCAUCCAGAUCUCGAUGGAAAACCUCCUGCGGAUCAGCUACGCUCUCUUCCCACCGAGCACUAUGGUCCUGAAUGACUUUUUCUCCCAGGGGUACCAGGACACAGCCCUUUUCCUGUACAGGAACAACGCCUUUGGCUUCAACUACUGCGACGGCAAUUUCCGCUUCGCCAGCAUGUGCGGCAGGAACGACUUUGCACAGUCCAACAGGACGGUCACCAGCCUCUGCAAGAUGGUCCCGCAGUGCCUGAGCACCUGUGUCCUGGCAGGCUUGGCUGUGUGGAGGAAGCAGCAGGUGGCUGGACUGCAGGAUCCGCUCUCAAAGGUCCUGCUGCAGUCACACAGGCUGCCGGCUCCCGUCAGGAAGGGGCUGAAGAAGCUGCGGGGGCUGCUGGAAGGUAUCAGCUCCACGGUAAAACGGCUCCAGAAGUUUCUCCAAACCGUGGUGCCUGGGUUGCCCAAAAGAGCCGUGGCCAGGAGGUAACCGUCCUGGAUGGGCCCUGGGGGUCUUGGACACCACGCGAUUCCGGAGCUCACGUCACACAGCCCCACAGCUGCUGUUCCUUUAGGAAAUUGUUUGUUUGUUUGUUUGUUUGCCACUUGGGGAAACCAGCUGAUUUUAUUUGCAUUGCUGCUGCAGUUUCCCUGCCCAGGCCUGAGCUGCUUUAACACGACAGCCGAGGAAAAGCACCGCGGUGCUGCAUCUGCGACCGACCCGCAGCCCGUGCUGGGGCCACCGGGCAUCUUCACCUGCGCGCACACACAGACCAGCUGCUCCACUUGCUCAUCUCCCCCUGCUUUAAUGCAGAUCGCAGGGCAGAUAUUUGCUGGGAAAUGUCACAUUUUAAGUGUUUGCCUCCCGCUCAAAAACUUUCAGAGAGAUGCAUCGAACAGAAAACAGAGGGAAAAGCCUCAGCGAGCAUCACACAGGGCAGGAACUCAUUUUCUCCAGGUUCCUGAAGUAAUUUUACUAAUUACCUAUUCCUGAGCCUCACAGACGCUUGGAUGCCUGCUUCUCCUGCCAGUGGAGGUAGGUGCACAUCCGGACCCCUCUGAACUUGCAGCUGUGGAGAAGGAUGAAGAAACCUAAAGAUUAACCUCCCUGUCCUUCACAAUGCCGCAGUCUUGCAGACUGCACCUCCUAUUGCACCAGGAGAGCACACAUUUCACAAAUACAUUAGUUCUUUCUGUAAAUCACUGCUAUGAACACCGUAUGGUCCAGGCAAACACACCUCGUGUUGCUGGUCUGUACGCAGAAUUAAUUGGCAGCACUUAACAUCCCAAAUACACUUUGCACACCAUGGGUUGACGGACUGGUUGUACUCCACUGUCUCCCCCGUUUGCUGGUUCCCGAUGGGCAAGAAAUGGAUCUCAACAGCACAAGCUGUUUAUUUGAAUAAACCAUUUGAAUAACCAUUGA